GAAUGGCCACUGGUCAGCAGUCUCUUCCUCUUCCACAUCGACGUGUCGUUUCAGCCAAAAGAAAGUCCAAAUAAAAUAUUGAAUUUAAGUUGCCACUUCGCGCGUAGGCCCGACAAAAUUCAGAAGCUGCCAGUCGUCCGUACGCCAACCCACAAACAAGCACAACCGGCAAGAUGGUUCUCGCGGAUUUGGGUCGCAAGAUAACCACGGCGCUGCACUCGCUCAGCAAGGCGACCGUAAUCAAUGAGGAGGCACUUAAUUCCAUGCUGAAGGAGAUCUGCGCAGCGCUCCUGGAGGCUGAUGUUAAUAUCCGGCUGGUGAAGCAGCUGCGCGAGAAUGUCCGCGCCGUCAUUGAUUUCGAUGAGAUGGCCGGUGGCCUGAACAAGAGGCGUAUGAUCCAGUCGGCUGUGUUCAAGGAGCUGGUCAAACUGGUCGAUCCCGGCGUGAAACCCUACCAACCUAUCAAGGGCAAAGCGAAUGUGGUCAUGUUUGUGGGUCUCCAGGGCUCCGGUAAGACCACCACCUGUACCAAGCUGGCUUAUCACUACCAGAAGCGCAACUGGAAGUCGUGUCUCGUGUGCGCGGAUACCUUCCGUGCUGGCGCCUACGAUCAGGUAAAACAGAACGCCACCAAGGCACGCAUUCCAUUCUACGGCAGCUACACGGAAAUCGAUCCCGUGGUCAUUGCCCAGGAGGGUGUGGAUAUGUUCAAGCGCGAGGGUUUCGAGAUGAUCAUCGUGGACACCUCGGGUCGGCACAAGCAGGAGGAAUCGCUGUUCGAGGAGAUGUUGGCGGUGUCCAAUGCCGUCAGUCCCGACAACAUCAUCUUCGUGAUGGACGCCACCAUCGGACAGGCUUGCGAGGCUCAAGCGAAGGCCUUCAAAGACAAGGUGGACAUCGGUUCCGUGAUCAUUACCAAGUUGGAUGGCCACGCCAAGGGAGGCGGUGCUCUGUCCGCUGUGGCAGCCACACAGUCGCCCAUCAUCUUCAUCGGCACGGGCGAGCACAUCGACGAUCUGGAGCCCUUCAAGACGAAACCUUUCGUGAGCAAACUGCUUGGAAUGGGUGACAUCGAGGGUCUGAUAGAUAAGGUCAACGAACUGAAGCUGGACGGAAACGAGGAGCUGUUAGAAAAGAUCAAGCACGGCCAUUUCACGAUCCGCGACAUGUACGAGCAGUUCCAGAACAUCAUGAAGAUGGGCCCCUUCUCCCAGUUCAUGAACAUGAUACCCGGCUUCUCGCAGGACUUUAUGACCAAGGGCGGCGAACAGGAGUCGAUGGCGCGCGUCAAGCGCAUGAUGACAAUGAUGGACAGCAUGUCGGACAACGAACUGGACAAUCGCGACGGUGCGAAACUCUUCAGCAAGCAGACGAACCGCUGCGUUCGUGUGGCCCAGGGAGCUGGCGUCAUGGAGCGCGAGGUCAAGGAACUUAUUGCUCACUAUACGAAAUUCUCGGCGGUGGUAAAGAAGAUGGGCGGCGUCAAGGGACUCUUCAAGCAGGGAGAUAUGACCAAGAAUGUGAAUCCCACACAAAUGGCCAAGCUCAACCAGCAGAUAGCCAAGAUGAUUGAUCCCCGGAUGCUGCAACAGAUGGGCGGCGUUGGUGGCAUUCAGAACAUGAUGAGGCAACUGCAGCAGGGAGCGGCGGGCGGUUUGGGUGGCCUGGGGAACCUGAUGGGCGGCUUUGGCGGCAAGUGAGCAGGUGGCUAGUAAAUUUAACGAUUUUUAUAUGAUUUUGUUUUCGCGUAGUUCGUAAUUUGUUAGCCAUUUGUUUCCAUUUGUCCAAGACCACAAAAAUUGAUAUGCGAUGUGGAAGCGAAUAUAGCGAAUAUAACGUAUAUAGCGUAUAUAACCUACAUAGAUGUGCAAACAGUUAACAAUUCGGUUUUUGUACGGCUUGGCAGCCACAGUGUCAGUUUUUAUAGUUUAAACAGUUUUCUGUACACGAACUAAUGGAAUUAGCAUGCCUAUCAGAAUACCGUUAUGGCGGUUGGACUAGAUAUAAACAAUAAAUAAAUAAUACAUGAACUUGGCUUUAAA